AUGUAUGUUCAUCCAGUAAAAGUAUCAAUGAAUAGCAUUGGUUCGCAGUCUGAACCUCAUAAUCAUCAAAUGCAUGAUAUGGAUAUGAGUAUGGAUAUGAGUAUGGAUAUGGGUACAACUGGUAAUACACAUCAUGGAGCUGGUUCAACGUCGAGCUUUACCUUUUCAGUGCAAGUCGACCUCUUUGGUCUCUUGACGUCGGGCUGGCCGCAGUAUUGUGUGGCAUUUGUUUGUGUAAUGGGUCUGAGUAUUGCAUACGAAGCACUACUCUUUGCCAAACAAAAUUGUCACCGCUACUUUGCACAUGUCGGUCCAGACACUGAUGCAACCACCCAAUUGAAAUUUAAAAUAUCGAUGACCGCUCUCCACGUUCUUACCGCGAUGUUUCACUAUGCGCUGAUGCUGAUAGUGAUGACCUUUAACUUUGGAAUGGCACUCUCUGUUUUGCUUGGAGUGGCGAUAGGAUACUCUGUUUUCCUAGAGUAUCCAAAUAGAUACUAUAAAAAAGUACAAAGGAGUGCAGGUGAGAAAAUUGAAGAUUUCGAAUAUAAUAGUGGUAGUGCUGAUCAUUGCAACAAUACAUCGUACAUCUCAGAUAUCAAUACGAGCGAUAAUGUAAUAUUCACUCUUCAUGAGGAUUUUGAAGAUGAAGCGGAACUAAACUCAAAACUUAAUGGUAGUAAUAAUCAAAACUAUGCUGAAAUUGAUACUAUAAAUAAUAAUAAUAAUACUACUACUACUAUAGACACAAGUCAUCAUGAUAUUCAUAUCCAUCAACAACUACAUCAUCAUUCAGCAAUUAAUAAUAUAAAUUUAACAUCAUCAUCAUCACCAAAUCAAUCAGAAGCUAUUAUUAAUAAUAAUCAUAAUAAUCAUAAUAAUAAUAAUUUUGAAGCUAAUCAUUUAAAUGUAACAAUAUCACCUUCGUCUCUAGACACAUUACCAUCAUCAUCAUUAUCACCAAAUCCAAACCAUUCAUCUGAAUUUACAAGUACUGAAACUAACAUUGCAGUAAAGGACAGUGAAGUACCGACGUCUUCCACUUCAGCCUCAACUACAACAACAAUUACAACGGCAACAGCAACAACAACAACAACGUCGACAGAACAAGAAAUUCAAGAUCUAAUUAGACAUUCAACAGAGUUAAUGAGGAAGUCCGUUCAGUUAACACAAGAAUACAUUGAACAUAUCGAACAACUAUCUGAAUCCGAAAACAAUAACAAUAACAAUAACAACAACCUUACCAGUAAUAACAAGCAUUCUUCAAAUUUGGAUUCGAUAUCGGUUGAAAAUCAUCCAUUGGCCAAUACAAAUACCAACACUGUUGUUGAAAAGGUGCCGAUAUCAUCCGAGGCAUCAUCACAAUCAACCACUUCAAGAUUAGUCUGCAAGAUGCAUAGAUCGAGUUAUUUAAUGACGCAAUUAGGUGGAAUACAAAUGAACUCUAGUAUCGAUGAACUCUUAAGUGAGAAGAAUCCAGAUUCCGGUAUGGGAUACCGCGAACCAGGUCCACAAGGAUUCCUAUCCUAUGUAAACCUGGAUCCAAAUCAACCGUUGAGCAGUCAGACCAUUGCAAGUAAUAAUAGUUCCAGCCAGAAUAUCAGUUCGACAUCGUUGGGCCAACAGCAGCAUCAACAACCACAUCAUCAGCAACAACAGCAAUUUGGACAACAUCAACAACAUAGCAAUGGCAGUCUCAGUGGUUACAUGAACUCGAGUAAUAGUGCCAACGAGUUUGGCAACAUCCUCAGAAGCAGCAGUAACAAUUUGAAUCUAAACAAAGUAAGAGUGGCAUCUAGCCAGUCUGCAAUCAACCUCAGUGGCUCAGGCAAUGGAUUCCCAAGCGCAAGCGGAGUUUCGCGAUCUGUCUCCAUGCUCAAGAGCGAAGAGGGCAAGCGAAAGAGUGUCCGUCAGAACCGAAUGGCGAAGAACGAAGAUGAUCGCCGAAAGCGUAAAGAGCAAAAGCGUGCCAGAGCCAAAGAGAAGCCAAUCUAUGUCGGUUCACUCGAAGAACUGCCACCAGAAUGCAUCAAAAUGAUAAGAAAAUCAAAGAUACCAGAGGACAAGCUAAAGGAGCACUUUGAAAUCCUACUGCCAAUUCUCAGAUUCCGUACUGGUUUCAAUUUGAAAUCGUCGAAUCCACUAUCGAAAUCAUCACUGCACGUUCACAACAAUCAGGUAACCUCGAUGACAAUGACAUCGACAACCACCACCAGUGGCGCCACUUCUUCACAACACCCGUUAUCACCCGAGACUAACGGUUCACGCACACGAUCCGAAAGCAAAGGUGCUGGUGGCAAUGCAAGCAGUAAGAUUGAAACACACAACAACGGUGGUAAUGAGGACGACUCUGCCGACGAUGGAUCAAGAUUGGAACAAUCUAUAAUCCCAAAGGGUACCACCGAACUCUUUGAAAAAGGUGAUGUUAAAAAGUUAUAUAAAAAUUUAAAGCAAAUUGGAAGUGGUGGAUUUGGCAGUGUUUAUUUAGCUAAAUCUCUUGUCGACAAAUGUGAGAUUGCUAUUAAGAAAAUUGCACAUACCACACCAAAGGCACAACGAACAAAUUUAAAUGAAAUUGGUUAUCUACAUUUUUGUAAUCAUUCAAACGUAGUUAGAUAUUUAAGAAGUCAUUUGGUGGACGACCAAGUUUGGAUUGCAAUGGAAUAUAUGCAAGGUGGUACUUUGACAGAGGCAUGUUCCAAUCAUUCCUUUAAUGAAAGUUGUAUUGCUUAUGUUGCAAGAGGUAUGCUUGAAGGUUUAAAAUAUUUACAUUCCAAUAAUUUAGUACAUAGAGACAUUAAGUCUGGAAAUAUUAUGAUGACAAUCGAAGGAAAGAUUAAAAUUGUUGACUUUGGACUAUGUGUUGAUUCAACCGAAAGAAAAUUAACUCAUAUGGCAGGUUCACCAUUUUGGAUGUCACCAGAGAUGAUUAGAGGAGAAGGAUAUGGAUGUCCAUCUGAUUUGUGGAGUUUUGGUAUUUGCUUGUUGGAGCUUGCCAAUGGAGAACCUCCCAAUAGAAAGUCAUCGUUGCAUGCAAUGUUCUCAAUUGCUACUCACACUAUCAAUGGUCAUACCGGUCUCGAGAGACCAGAGAAAUGGACUGAACACUUUAGACACUUCCUUACACUAUGUCUUGAAGUCGAUCCCGCAAAGAGACAGACAGCUGAGCAAUUAUUAACGCAUCCAUGGUUAACCAUAUCUGAAAAUCCCGAAACUAUGAAGAAGAUUCUUGCCCAGAUUUUCAUAGCCAAUUGUCAAGCCAAUUUUUCAUUCUACACUUGA